AUGACAUCUCGAGCAGUUGCCGAGUCACUUGAGAUGACGGUCCGGCCAGUACCGCCCACCAGUGCUGGAAUGGAAAGAGCAGACAGUCCUGAAUCCUCGGACUCUGCCUCUAUAGGCACACCGAAGCUUGAGGCUACUCAAUCAAACGCUCGAUCAAUCAGAGAUGAACUCUUGCCAUCGAACAGAGAAAACAAAGACUCGAAUCCGUCACAAGCGCCGAUGCAUACCCAGCACCCCCUCAAGAAGCAUGUCCUGUACUCCAUCAUUAUAGUAGCUGCCAUCGGAUUCGCCUCCCUUAUAUCCGUCUGCUACUUGAUCGCCUACAUCCGGACAAAGUCGAAGAAUGAACAUCCAUACAUCACGGCCGAGAUAGUCGGAGGAAGAUUCUCUUCGACAGCGGCCAAGCUUAUCGAUGCCGCUUUCUCCAUGCUGGUAGCACCAGCCAUCGUCGCAAUUGCCAACUGGCACAUGUUCAAGCUCGCCCGCCUUUCCGCUGUCAACGAGCACCCCGGUCGAAGCUCAGCAGUCAGCAUGAAGGUUCUCGUCGAAGUCGCCAACACUGACUGGGGUUCAUUCAGCCCACUCAAAUUCUGGACCUUUGCUCGUUCGAAAAGACCCCGUGUUAUUUGCCUUGGAGUUAUUGCUAUGAUUUCAGCUCUGAGCUUUGCACUGUUGAGCAACGUCGUCGCAUAUCAAGCCGGAGUGAUGCUCGAGUACUUUCAUUUGCAGCCAUUGGCAUUCGAAUCAGCCGCCGAUGGACUUCUCAGGGUCAAUGUGUCAGCCCGGUCACAAAACGGACUCCCCCGAGAUGUCAAGAAGCUUUUUGAUGCGCCAGUCUAUCGACUUAAUCUUUCCUGCGCAACUUCCGCUCCUCGCGCGGUAACGAUCGAGCAACCAGAUGACCAGGACCUGCACGUCAGAAUCACCUUUGAAGAUACAUCGGCGCUUGGAUCCGAGAUGAUACAGUAUCAGGCAAACUUUGGCAGGGAUGAGUCUAUUCUCUCUAGAAAGUCUCUCGACGACGCCGAUGACAAGUAUCCAGGCAUCAGAUAUCCACUGGUCGCUUUCAAUCAGACUUCCAUCUGGAUAGGUGGCAUCGACGUCAAUCAAAGUGUAGGCAUCGGCCUUGCCAAUGGGAGUUAUCACUUGGCACUAUCGGGUGUGAAUUGCCAUCUUGAAAAGUCGAGUGGACAUGCAGACAUCAAGGUGAAUGGGGAUGACUGGAUAAUCAUCAAAGACACACUGUUCAACGAGCAUCGUGAUCCCCGACCAGAUGAACCAAUGUCACGUCUCACAUCUACACUGGAGAUUUUCGAUGAUGGUCGUAUUGGGAGAGCUCCAGGACUGGGAGGGCACUUGCUACGCGCUGCACUCAACACAACGAGCGAGGGCUACCAUCCAUCUUGGAGGCUGCAAAGUCUCUUCGAGGCCUUCCUAUGGUACGAAACAGCAAGCAGACAGACUCUCCUAGACAACAGCCCCGCCGCCAGAACGGGAUGGUAUCAGAUCCAAUGUGACACCGACAAAUACGCCAUGACCUUCAUCCCAUGGAUCCUUCUUAUUGGUCUCAUAGCACUGGGAGUCGCAUGUGCAAUAACAGUCGGGCUUUCGAUCGACUCACGGAAAGUGCACUCUUUACGGAUUGGACGGAGUCUGGACUCGAUCCGAUUGACAGCUGACGUCGGAGUGGCUGUAGACAAGCAGGUUCUUGAAGAGUGUUCGACCUGGCACGGCUCCAGACUCAACAAAUGCGCUGACGGUGCGAGGUUCCAGUAUGAAGCAGAUACGCGGUUGGACAGUGACACCGGUCUUUACUCUAUAGGCAUUCGUCUUCGACAGAUAUCGCGGCCACAUGAAUGA